GUCAGUGAGUGCCAGUGAGCAAGCCUGUUCUGCGUUCUGCCUGCGCGCGUCUAGUAUCGCCAUCUUAUGCACCACAUGACCUCGUUGUCGUGUCCCGUGACCAGCUCACGUGAAUUUUGACAAAUUCAAACGUUUUUUGGUGGCAAAAAAUGGACAUUUUGGAGCAGCACCUCGAGCAACCAGAUGUCAGGUUCAACAGAAUGAUCAAGAAUGACGGAUGAUACUUAUUUUCAGUGGAGUUUCCGCCAAGGUCGAGAACGGUGCUGGUAUUGUCAUCGAGGAGGCCGAAAUUGUUGAUUGUGAUGGUGAAGCUGUUGGAGAAGAUGGUAUGCGUUAUCAAGAAACUCUAGCAUACAGAGUGGUACAAGUGAAUGGUACUACUGCUGGUAACGAAAUAGAAUUACCAGUUGCUCAACAAGCAAACAAUACUGUGCAAGUCCUAACGUCUCCUAUCAAUGGUCAAUUCUAUGUGAUUGGUAAUGCAAAUGACGUCUUUACAACUGCUCAAACAUCCAGAUCACUAACUCCUAGAGGAACUACACUUCAGAUUGAAACACCACGCUGCACUACAACUGGAUUAAAGAAGAGAGAUGAAAGGAGAAGAGCUACACAUAACGAGGUAGAACGUCGUCGUCGUGAUAAAAUCAAUAAUUGGAUAGCAAAACUAGGAAAAAUAAUUCCUGAAUGUAAUUCCACAACUUCAAAUUCUAAUGGCAAUGGAAGUAGCGGUGGUGAAGGAAAAGCAAACUAUGAAACUCAGAGUAAAGGUGGUAUCCUGGCAAAAGCUUGUGAAUACAUUGGCGAACUGCGUACGGCGAAUCAAGGUUUGGGCCAGUGUUUAAGGGAUAAUGAAAAAUUACGCCAGGAGAUAAACGCUCUAAAGCAGCUGAUCGGUCAGCUGAAACGUGAAAAUGUCCUCUUGAGAUCACAAGUAUCAAAUGGCACUACAAGUUCAGACGCAAUACAUCUGAGUCCUUAAUUAGAUAAUUAGUGGUUGCUGUACAUAAAGGACAGACACAUACCAUUAGUGUUAUUUUCAUGCACUGAAUUUUCUAAGGAGAUAUCUUUUCAAUUAUGGAAAACAGAAAAAAUUCGGCACUAUGAUGUCCAAGAGAUAUCCUUUGAUACGAAUUACCGUGCUAGAAGUAAUACGUAGUGGAAAUUGUUGGAUUUAGAUGAUGGUGAGCCCAGGCUGUGAAUAUCUCUGAAUACCUGUUCGUAUUUUCCACGAAUCUGCAAAUUGAGCCGAUCCAGCAGUCAGUGAUAAUUCUUGCAAAAGAAUUCGUUACUCAAAGAUCCAAUCGAAACCGUGCAGUGCAACGGACGUGUGUGUAACUAGGAGGUAGUGCAAGGUCUGUUCCCCCAGUUCUGAACUUGGCGACAAAAACCUUGUAAAUUCGUUGAACAUUUUUUAUUUUUAAUACCGUUUUGACAACUUGUAAAAUAUAUGUAGUAUGAGCUAGGACUGAGAAUGUAAAAUAGAUUAUUAUAAAUGAAUCAUAUAUAUAUAUAUAUACAUAUGUAUAUAAAAAUACAUAUAGCAAUAACAUAUUUUUUGCAUGUACAAUUCUUCGAUUGAGAUAUCAGUUGGAGCCUGAAUCUAACAAAAAGGCUAUCAUUAAAUUGUAAUAUAUCGUUGUUGUACAUACCGCGGGGUUAUUGUUAUAUUAUUAUUAAAAUGAGAUUAUAAAAACCAAACACAAAAGGAAAUAAGAAAUGUGUUCUGACUUGAAACAUUUACUUUGAUCCCUCGUAUUGCAAGAGAUUGAACUCAAUGAUUGAGGAAUUAAAUAAAGUAAAGCCAUGGGAUUUCAUGGUUUUUGUGCAUAA